AUGGUUUCGCUCGGAUAUUCCGCGGAAUUCUCGAACUGUGUUACAACUGGUGAUCGAAAACAAGUGGGAUAAAAUUCUUGAAAUAUUUGAGGAUGUUUUAAAAUCGGAGGGAAUUGUCAGAAUCGAAACAUCCGUCUUUUAAAGAAAAAUUCUUAUUGUUAGUCUCUGAAAAAGAGAAAAUUUGAAACUCCAAGAACAACUGAUUUCAAAUAUCUAACACUUACUAUGAAAAAAAACAUAAAAGUUCACAGCGAAUAAAUCAUUGGAAAAAUGAAUUGUGGAAAUUGCUGGAAAUGUCAUUUCUAGCAAUUUUUUGAAUAAAAAUGAAUGAAAAACUAGUGAUGUAAUAUUAUUCACGUGACAUACAUGUACACGUGAUGAUAAAAUCUCUCAACGAUGCUAUAAAAGAGGAGCAAAAAGGAGGUGUUUUUCUCUCAGAUCUCAUAUUUCUAGCUUAUUAGAUUGGCGGCUGACUAUUCGCUGCCAAUCACUUACUCGCUGCUGCUCAAUGCCAAUCGUCAGUGCAACUCGGGAAACACGUGAGUUGGGGAAUUCUUGCGAUCUUUAUGCUUCUUCUCCUUCUUUCACAUUAGUUCUUUCGACUGACUUGAUCUGAACAACUUAUUCUCAGUUUCAGAAUUCGAAAAAUGGUUAGAUCACGUGUGUUUGAAAAAUCAUGAUUAUUCAACUGGAAAACCCCUAAAAAAAAAUGUCGAGAAUUUGACUGAAGCUCAAAUUUUGUGGUUCAAAAAAUUAAAAAAUGGGAGAGCCCAUGUUCUACAAAUUUUACUUAAAAUCCUAUUGUAAUCGUUUAUUUUUCAGAUUUGUCAAUUCAUUCGUCACGUUUGUUGAAGUCAAGCUGUUCGCCAACUCAUCGACUCGCUGCAAAUUGCCACGAUUACAGCUCGACUCUAAGCUGGCAACGACUACAAAUCUUCGCGAACUGAAAGCCGAUUGUGCACUCAAUUAUUGA